AGGCCACAGAGCCCUUUUUCCCUGAGAGAUGACUGCCUUUGGGGGUAGGAAGCCUCAAGCAGGCCCAGCCCUACGCGUGCCAUGCCCUAUCCAGGUGGGACCAGCACGGCCACCAUCCUGUGUGCCCGGUCCAGCCCUCUGAGGGCAGCUGUGUGUCCCUGCUCCCACCUGACACCCAACCCCAACCCCACAGGCCGCUCCCUGCCAGCUGUCAGCAGGGCCCUGCCCCGCCCCCACCCCCACAGGUGCCCUGAGAACUGCUCCCUCGGGGGGCAUGCAGGCUAGUCCUUUGCAGGCGGUAGCGGGGCCUGGUGGCCGGGCCUCCCCCUCCCCAGUUCCUGUGCCUAGAGAGCUUCGCACCCAGGAGGCAGCGGGCCAUCGGUCACUGGGCAGGUGUUGGGGGCUGGGCCCCAGAUACCUUAGGGGCUCCCUUUAGCCCAGAGUUUGUGAGGUCGACUGUCCCUGUAGUACCCGCUAACGCAGGGACCACACUGACCUGAAGCUUGCCCAGGGCCCCUCAGCUAAUGGACCCACAGUGUGGCAGGUCCCGGCCUUCGGGGCCAAGGGCAUCGGUGGCCUGCCCCUCUGCCAAGCUAGAAUAUUUCCUGCUCAGCAUCUUGUGUGGGAGGGGCCUGGAGGGAGGAUGUCACCAUGCAGUUCAUGGGUGUGCAGAGCUGCCCAGGGCAGCGGCAGCCUCUGGACAUUGGAGGCGGGGAGCGCGAGAGCGUGCCUUCGCCUGGGGAAGCUGGACCCUGGGAACAGGAGGCUGCGGGCACUCAGGUGGUGCCCAUCUGGCCCCAGGUACCUGGGGAGGGCUUGGCACCUCCAGCACCGCAGCACAGAGGCCAGCAGGGCGGGGAGCCGCCCAUCUGCUCCUGCCCGGACUGAACCGAGGCGUGAGUUCCGGGAGCUGUCCGCUGUGUGGGCCAGGGCUUGGGCCUCCUCCAGGCUUCCGCUCCAAGGCCUGCCAGGCCACCAGCUGCCCUUGGGCAGGUGUCCUGGAGAUGGGGGCUGGCAGGACCGGCCAGGUGCUCCCUGGACCCGGGUCCCCUAGUUAGACCCCAGGCCUGCCCUUGAGGCUGCAGAGAGCCCGUCACCCCACGCCCAGCCACAGCCCCAACCUGGAGCCAGCAGGGCACACGCGUCCCAGGCCCACGGCGCGGCCCCUUUAAGUGCAGUCCUGCCAGCCGCCAUCGGGGGCAGCACUGAGCGGCCCGGCGGCCUCGCGCCGCUGCCUGGAAGCUUCUGCUGGUGCCGGGGACGCGGCGGCAGUGCGGGGGACAGCAGAGCUCGCCGGGCCUGCGCAGCCCACCGGGCAAGGUGGGGGAGCACCGCCCAGAAAGUGGCCCAGAAAGGAUGGUCUGGAUGAGGGGGCAGGACCUGCGUGGCUGGACAGCUGGGUUCCCCCUGCAGGUGCUUCUGACGCCAGCAUGGAGCAAGUGCCUGCGGCCUCGGCCAAGGCCCGCGGCCAGGGCUGCCCCGCCCACUGUGCCCCAGGGCGAAAGCCCCGAAAGGCCGAGUGAGCUGCAGCCUGGAGACCUCUUUUAAGAUGACCCGCACGGACCCGCCGGACCUGCUGGUGUCGACCGUGUACCAGGACAUCAAGGUGGCGGCCCCGGGGCCCGUGUCGAGGCCCCCGCCAUGUGAGCGCCCAAUGGCCCGGCCUGCUGCGCCCGCGCCUUUCAACAAGCGCCACUGCCGCAGUUUCGAUUUCCUGGAGACACUGGACGGGGAGGCCAUGGAGGCCCGUCCGGAGCCGCCGCCUCCGGAGCCCGCCGCGCCGCGCGCCCGAUCCCGCGACGGCGAGCCCCGGCGCCGCGCCCGCUCGAAGAGCGCACCCCGUGCGGCCCCGGGCCUGGCGGCCGCGCCCGCCUCACCGCCUGUGCCGCCGCGCCGAGGCCGGGAGGCCCAGCGGGCGGCGCCGGCCGACGCAUCGCCCCGCCGGGAGCCCGCGUACCCCGCGCUGCGCGCGCUCGCCAACGAGCUGCACCCCAUCAAGCUGCAGCCUCAGCGGGGCGGCCCGGGCCGCAUGGCGCCCCUGUGCGCCGCCGCCAACCGCUGUGCGCCGGCCGAGCCACCCGCGGGGCCGGCCCCCCACGUCCGCUGCCGCCUGGACGUCAAGCCCGACGACGCGGUGCUGCAGCAUGCCGCCCGGGGCUCGAGACCCUGCGGGCCGACCGAGACCGCUCCCUGGCCCCGCGCCGCCCCGCAGCUCCACGGCCUCACGGUGCCCGGGCCUCGCCACGUGGGGCUCUCGCUCACCCCCACCCCCAGUGACUCGUACUGCGCCGACCCCCGGGCGCUGUACUGCGAUGGGCCGCUUCCCGGGUCCCGGGACCACGCGGAGCGCCGGAGUCUGCCCUUCACCACCCCGCCGGGCCCCACCCAAUUCUUCUACACCGAGGAACCCGAGGGCCACCCCGGUGGCUUCAUGGCCAGCCCUGGACCGCCCUUCGACAGCUACUACCCCAGGCCCUUUCUGUCCGAAGAGCCACCCGGGCCCAGUCCAAGACGCGGGGGCGUCUACUAUGCGGGGGAAGUUCGCACCUUCCCCGUCCAAGAACCACCCUCCCGUUCCUACUACGGGGAGGCCCCGCGAGCCUACGGCCCGCCCUGCGGCCCCCGCUACGCCCCCGAGGAGCCCCGGGCUCACCCCGCCGCCCGCCCCUUUUACACUGAGGACUUCGGGCGGUACCGCAGUCGAGACGCCCUGACGCGGACUUACCCACACCCGCGCGGCAGCCCGGCCUGGGGCGACUGGGGCCCGAGGCCUUACCGCACCCUGCAGGUGGCGCCUCCCCCGGACCCCGGCCCGUUGCUCGCCUCGUGGCACGGCGGCACCGGCACCAGCCCACCCCGGCUAGCGACCGACAGCCGCCACUACUCGCGCUCCUGGGACAACAUCCUGGCGCCCGCGCCGCGCCGCGAAGACCCACUGGGCCGCGGCCGUAGCUACGAGAACCUGCUGGGGCGCGAGGCACAGGACCCGCGGGGCACAUCCCCCGAAGGCCGGCGCCCGCCCGUCAUAGUGAACCUGUCCACCUCGCCCAGACGCUACGCGGCGCUGUCGCUGUCCGAGACGUCGCUGUCGGAGAAGGGCCGUAUGGGCGAGGGCCUGGCCCGAAACUGGUACGUCACGCCGGAGAUCACCAUCACCGACAACGACCUGCGCGCGGCUGAGCGCCCGAGCGCCAGGAGCUGGGAGCUGCCGGGGAGCCGCCCGCGGCCGCCUCCGCCCGCCGCCCCCGACGGCCCCGCCUCUGGCCGCCAGCGCAGCCUCGAACAGCUGGACGAGCUCAUCACUGACCUGGUCAUCGACUCGCGGCCUCCAGCCGGCCAAGCGCCCGAGCCCGCGUCCGACGGCCUGGGCCGCCAGCUGCGGCGCCUGCUAGACUCGCGGUCCUCGGGCGCCGGGGUCCCGACGCGGGCGCCGCGCUCGCCUCCCCUGUCUGCCGGCAGCGCUGAGGAGCCCGCGGGCCCGGGGCAGGCGGCCGACGCGUCCCCCGAGCCCAGCGCCGACGAGGACGACCUGAUGACGUGCUCCAACGUGCGCUGCGGGCGCACCGAGACCAUGUUCAACGCCUGCCUCUACUUCAAGUCCUGCCACAGCUGCUACACCUACUACUGCUCGCGCCUCUGCCGCCGCGAGGACUGGGGCGCGCACAAGGCGCGCUGCGUGUACGGCCGCGUGGGCAGCGUGUGCCGCCACGUGUUGCAGUUCUGCCGCGACAGCGGCCCAGUGCACCGCGCCUUCUCGCGCAUCGCGCGCGUCGGCUUCUUGUCGCGCGGCCGCGGCGUGCUCUUCCUGGGCUUCCCGAGUCCCGGCUCCGCAGACAACUUCCUGCGCUUCGGCCUCGAGGGGCUGCUGCUGUCGCCCACCUACCUGUCGCUGCGCGAGCUGGCCACACACGCGGCGCCACUGGGCAGCUAUGCUCGGGAGCUGGCGGCCGCCGGGCGCCUCUACGAGCCGGCGGAGUGCUUCCUGCUCAGCGUAUCCGUGGCCGUGGGCCCCGGCGCUGCGCUACCCGGCGCCCCUGCCAGGCCAGCUCCCGCGCCGCGCAGCCCUGGACCCACGGUGCGCAAGUUCGCCAAAGUGGCUCUGGCGGCCGGCAGCCCGGCACGGCCGCCCCCGGCACGGGGCCGCGAACCCGACAUGGAGACGUUGAUCCUGACGCCGCCGCCCGGCACCGCGGGCCUGGACCAGGACGGCGAGGCGGGCCGGCGAGCACGCGAGGUGGCCUUCAUCCACAUCCAGCGAGAGCUGCGGCUGCGCGGCGUCUUCCUACGCCACGAGUUCCCGCGCGUCUACGAGCAGCUCUGCGAGUUCGUCGAAGCCAACCGGCGCUUCACACCCACCACCAUCUACCCCACGGACCGGCGCACAGGCCGCCCCUUCAUGUGCAUGAUCAUGGCCGCCUCCGAGCCACGCGCGCUAGACUGGGUGGCCAGUGCCAACCUGUUGGAUGACAUUAUGUGAGCCGCGGGGGCGCGCCCGGGGCCCGCCCAGUCCACUCAGGCCCCGCCCCGAGCUCACCAGUCCCCGCCCAGCUCGCCAAAAGCUCCGCCCCAUUGCAUUCUCCACAGGCUCCGCCUUUCCCUCCGCCUUCCUGCGAACCCCCUUCCCCCCCACCCCCAGACCAGUCCCGCCCAGCUCCCUCUCCCCCAGCUCGCCGUCGGGCGUCUCCAGAGGCCGGUCCUCGGCCGCUUGGUGCUCCCCGCUGGGAGGCGGGGUGGGUCUGAGGAACAGCCCGCCCUGCCUUUACGCAGAGGGGUCACUGCUGCAGAUCCCACCGCGCAUAUCCGGUUCGUCCGACCCCUGUCCGUCUGCAGGGCCUCCCUGGAACCUCUCCAACCCCGGCUCGCCCUGGUCCAGGAGCCCGAGUCGACCAAAGCCUAGUCCCGUCCCUUUAAACACCCUCCCCACCCGCCUCCUGUGGUCUGGGAUGCGUCCUGCUCAGAGGCCUUUCCUCUCUAGAGGACACCCUGAUUGGCCUCGGUGUGUCCGCAUCCCAAGCACGUCCUGGCCUGAUGGGCAGGGCCGGCGGGGACCUGCGCGUGGCGUCUCCGCCGGCCCCCGCCCCUGCUGUGCCGGACCUUGGCAAACUGACGGCGCUGCCCGCCCUGCUGCAAGGGUUGGGCAAGCAGCAGUGAAGGGGUACUCGGGGGUCCUCAGCCAAGGCGCAAGACACCCAGCCAGAGGGAAGGGAGUCCUGGGCGGGGGAAGCAGAGAGGACGUAUGGGUAGGGGCGCUGGCCAGACCUGAGACCUGGCUGGGCGUGAGUCGGGCUGCCUGCCGUCACCCGACAGGAUGGCCCUAGGCGUGUGCCAGGGCAGACCCGGGGUGCAAACGGCAGCGCAGGCCCUAACCACAUAGGGAGGCAGGAAGCAGGUACACAGGAUGGAUUUGCGGGAGGGGCCGAGGAGGCCGUCGCGCAGGGAGGAUCAAAGAAGAGGGGCGUUCCCAGUUUGGAGCAGGGUGGGGAAAGCGUGGAUGGGAGCAGGUUCGCCAGGGCGGUGGUCCACCGGAGGGGUGGGGGCGCGAUUAAACAAAUGCCCCCGAGCGCUCGCUCUAGCCGUGCCCUGUGGUGCGGCCAGGGGGCCCGGCUCCGGCCCUCGGGAGCGCACGCUCGAGUGUCCUUCGUUCCCCGCCCUCCCCCGGGGUGCCCGCUGGCCCUGGCCCGGGCUCCAAGGAUGGCGAGUGACCUGGAGAGGGGGUGAGGCCGGGAGCCCGGAAGAGCCCUCCUGUAGCCCCCACCCCCCACUGGGGCCAGGUGGGGCCCUCCUGGGGGCCCAUUGUGGACCCCCCCCCAACCCCCGCCUCUCUUCCCGGCCCUCGCCCCUGACCGUGCACCCGCGCCCAUCUCCCCUCAUUCCUCCCUCCCCUAAAUGCCUGUGCGCCUGCCUCGGCUCCGCGCAUUUGCACCGGCCACGCGCCCCGCUUGCCCCACCCGCCUUCGCGGCCUCCCAAACUGGCCGCCGCGCCCCCCGCCCGGGUGCCUCCGCCUUCUGCCCCACGCCUGAGGGCCGGCCCUCCAGGAAGGACCCUGGACCGGGAUUAUUUCCAGAGGGCGAGCGCUUUCGAACCAAGGAAAAUAAAACUCGAAUGUA